AUGUCCUCCUACAUCAAGUUCCUGAAAGACAUCUUGGCAAAGAAGAGGAAGAUUAAUGAUUUUGAGAUUGUAGCUCUAACGCAAGCAACAAACGACGACUUUAAGAAUGGAGUGCCAGAGAAGAUGACAGAUCCUAGAAGCUUCACGGUUUCCUACUCAAAAGGUGGAAUGGAUUUAGGUUGUGCUCUAUGCGACCUUGGGCCAGAAGGCAAGAUUGAAGAUGUUUUGGUGAAAGUGGACAAGUUUUUGUUUUCCGAAGACUUUGUUAUUCUGGAUUACAAAGCUGAUCGGAAGGUUCCUAUCAUUUUAGGGCGGCCAUUCCUAUCAACUAGUUGCACCCUCAUAGGCGUCCACCAGGGGGAGUUGACAAUGCAUUUACAAAGUCUUCGGAAGGUUCCUAUCAUUUUAGGGCGGCCAUUCCUAUCAACUAGUUGCACCCUCAUAGGCGUCCACCAGGGGGAGUUGACAAUGCAUUUUAAUGAUGAGGAGAUUAAGUUCAACGUUGUCAAACCGAUGAAAUUUCCCUCUGAUGUUGAGAAUUAUAGCGCAAUAAAGUCCUUUGGAUGGGACUAUUGCGAGGAAUAA